AUGGCGCACUCUACAGAUAAAGAUAAAGCAUCUGUGAAGUCCGUAGCAGAAAAUAAAUCGGAAGCUGACAUCCACAUAUCUGAAGGUUUUGAUAAGGAAGAGGAAAAAAUUUUAAAAGAAUUUGAAUUCUACCACGGAUUUUUACCCCGAGAAGACUUGUUUUGUCUCUUGAAAUACGUUGGAGAGUUUCUUAUACGAGUUAGUGAGGUUGACAAUGAUCCCCAUCAGAAAGGAAAACGAGAGAUAAUUUUAUCGGUUGUUUGCGAAUGUGCACCAAGUGAAGUAUCUCGUUUAUCUGCCCCAGAAAAACCAAUUGAUGAAAAGGAAGACGAAGCGCAAGGCAAAAAAGGCUAUGAAAAGAAGGUUCGUGGUAAGCUUAAAAAUGUGAUCGUGAGGAGAAAAAAGGGAAAAUACUUAGUGGAAGUAGCGCGGCUCUUUGAAACAAUUCCACAACUAAUAAAACACUAUCGAGAAAAUCCUGGAAAGCUUAACAAGAUUUCAUUUAUUCUCAAGUAUCCUAUUAAACAACAACCUUGGGAAUAUACACAUCAAGAUGUGCAACAAGGAAAGUUAUUAGGAGAAGGAGCUUUCGGCGAAGUCCGGGCUGGAACAUUAAAGUUAAAAUCAGGAAGAAUAGUUGAAGUCGCAAUAAAAGUCACAAAAGGAUGCAGUGAUAUCGGAAAGGCCAAAAUAAAAGAAAUGAUGAAAGAAGCUCGAUUGAUGAGAAAUUUUAGACAUAGAAAUGUGGUGCGCAUUUACGGUGUCGCUGUGGAUGAACAACCAUUGUACAUUAUUCUCGAACUUGUUAGUGGUGGAGCCCUAAAUACGUUUUUAAAAGAGAACGCAGGCAAAGUGGAGGUAAAGGAUAAACUGGACAUGUGUCUUGGAGCAGCUCUGGGUGUAGAAUACCUUCACUUGAACCAAUGUAUGCACCGAGACCUUGCAGCAAGAAAUUGUCUCAUCACCAAAGAUAAAGUGGUGAAAAUAAGCGACUUUGGGUUGUCAAGGCUUGGCCUCCACUACAGACUAAAAACGGCGAUGAAGCUGCCAAUCAAAUGGCUGGCACCCGAGACCAUUACCACGUUCACAUUUUCGUUGAAAACAGACGUCUUCAGCUAUGGAGUAAUGGUUUAUGAAAUUUUCGCUGACGGUGCCGAACCUUGGGAUGGACAAACAAAUGCCGAAGUAAAAAAAGCGGUUAUUGAGGGAAAGUGCCUAACGUUCCCCAAAUGUACUCCAGAGAAAGUAAAAAACUUUUUCGUGGAGAAUGUCUUUACUAAAAAUCCAGCACAAAGAGCAACGAUGACAGAGGUAGUAAAGCAUUUACAAUCAUGUGGUGCCUCAAGUGGACCUGAACCGAAAUCACAAGUAUCAGAAGUCAGAAAUAUUCAAUCAAAGUCGCGGCGGCAAACAAAUUAG